UUUUCUAUUCUACCAAAACUUAACUGUAACCAGAGUUAUGGAUCCGGAUGCGCCCCAACAGGGUCUUCGGGAUACAGCUAGACAGUCAGUCACUCUAGUCUCCUACCAAUACAGAUUACAGUUACAGAUGGAGCCACGGAGGUUUAAGAAGGGCUUACCUUCUCCCCGCCCACCGCCCACCUCCCACCUCGAAACCAUGAGCUGGAAUCUCGUAAGCUUUGCUCUCAGGCCUCAACUGUUCCUUCAAUCAAUUUAUCUUUUUCGUUCAUUCUGAUCCUUUAUCCUCUUUCUUCUGAAAACUGUAAAAUUUUAUGUCAAGUAACGAAACUCUGAUUUCAGCUACGAACCUAAGCAACUUGGUUCAAAUUAUUUAGCCCCAGACGAUAAAUACAAAUCUUUCUAGUUUCCACCCAAAGCCAUCAAACAUACGCAAAAGGGAUGUGGAGAAAUAUAGUGAAACAAGCCUGUUCAACGAACUUUUUUUCCCGCGAUUCCUCUUCUAUGUUACGCACUUUUGGUGUUGUGGGCUACUCUCAGUAUCCCGUUUUUCACGAUAAAGCCAGACAGUUUGAGUUCAAAAGCAGCAUAAAUGCCGGGUUUUCUGAAAGUUGUUUUCUUCGAAAUGGGGAAUCACCAUCCAAAGAAGACGAUUUGGGAAUACUCAGUUUUGGGUGUUUCAGGAAUUCGAUGGGUCUUUCCAGGUUUUCGAAUCAUCCCAAGGGUUACGCUAGUGUUGCCGAGGUUCUCUCUUCAACGGAUGCGGAGGAAGAUGUCUCUGUUGUUGACGAGAUUCAGGAAUUAUUGGAGGAGAUGAGCAAAGAAGAGAAGGAACUUGAAUUCAGUCAUCAGAAACAGACAAAAUUGGUUGGAGGAAUGGGGCAAGGGAAGUACCUAUUGCUUCGGAGGAGACAAGUGAAGAUUGAGACAGAGGCGUGGGAACAGGCUGCCAAGGAGUACAAGGAGCUUCUUAUGGACAUGUGUGAACAGAAACUGGCUCCCAAUUUGCCUUACAUGAAGUCGUUGUUCCUUGGUUGGUUCGAGCCAUUACGUGAUUGCAUUGCAGCAGAGCAGGAAUUGUGUAGGAAAGGAAAGAACAGGGCUGCUUAUGCUCCAUAUUUUGAUCAAUUGCCAGCAGAGAUGAUGUCAGUUAUUACGAUGCAUAAGCUCGUGGGGUUGCUAAUGACGGGAGGAGAACAUGGCAGUGCUAGGGUGGUCCAAGCUGCUUGCCUGAUAGGUCAAGCCAUUGAGAAUGAGGUUAGGAUAUACAAGUUUUUGGAGAAGACGAAGAAAAAGACCGAUAAAGAUAAGAAAGCAGAAGGUGGUGAAUCUGAUCCCGCAAUCAAAGAACAACAAAGAUUAAGGAAAAAGGUUACUGAUUUGAUGAAAAAGCAAAAGCUGCAGCAAGUGCGGCAGAUAGUGAAGAGCCAGGAUGAUUCAAAGCCAUGGGGCCAGGAUGCUCAGGCUAAGGUUGGAAGCCAUCUUAUUGAAUUAUUGAUGCAAACGGCCUAUAUACAAUCUCCAGCUGAUCAGCUAGCAGAUGGCCCACCGGAUAUUCGACCUGCUUUUAGACACACUCUUAAAACUAUUACAAAAGAAUCACAGAAAACCAGCAGAAGAUAUGGGCUUAUUGAAUGUGACCCAUUAGUUCGCAAGGGAUUAGAGAGAACUGCAAGGCACAUGGUGAUCCCUUAUAUGCCAAUGUUGGUGCCUCCACUCAAUUGGACAGGAUAUGAUAAAGGUGCAUACCUAUUUUUACCAUCUUAUGUCAUGCGAACUCAUGGAGCAAGACAACAACGGGAAGCAGUUAAGAGGACUUCAAGGAAGCAGUUAGAACCAAUUUUUGAGGCACUGGAUACACUUGGCAAUACCAAAUGGAGGAUUAACAAAAGGGUACUUGGUGUGGUAGACAGAAUAUGGGCUAGUGGAGGUCGUCUAGCUGAUUUGGUUGACCGUGAAGAUGUUCCUCUACCAGAAGAACCUGAAACAGAAGAUGAAGCAGAACUCAAGAAAUGGAAAUGGAAAGUUAAGGCUGUGAAGAAAGAGAACAGUGAGAGGCACUCACAGCGUUGUGACACAGAACUUAAACUUGCUGUAGCUAGGAGAAUGAAGGAUGAGAAUGGUUUCUUCUAUCCACACAAUCUUGACUUUCGAGGCCGUGCAUAUCCCAUGCACCCAUAUUUAAAUCAUCUUGGUUCGGACCUGUGUCGAGGAAUCUUGGAGUUUGCCGAAGGACGUCCUCUUGGAAAGUCUGGCUUACGGUGGCUGAAGAUACAUUUGGCAAAUUUAUAUGCUGGUGGUGUGGACAAGUUAUCCUAUGAGGGUCGGAUAGCAUUUACAGAGAACCACUUGGAUGAUAUAUUUGAUUCUGCAGACAGACCACUGGAAGGUAGGCGCUGGUGGUUAAAUGCAGACGAUCCAUUUCAGUGCUUGGCAGUAUGCAUCAAUCUCUCUGAAGCAUUAAGGAGUUGCUCACCAGAGACCAUGAUCUCACAUAUACCCAUCCACCAGGAUGGAUCAUGUAAUGGCUUACAACAUUAUGCUGCCCUUGGAAGAGACAAGUUGGGAGCAGCUGCAGUGAACCUGGUUGCUGGAGAUAAACCUGCAGAUGUUUACUCAGGAGUAGCUGCUAGAGUUCUUGAUAUUAUGCGAAGAGAUGCACAGAAAGAUCCAACAACUGAGCCAAAUGCAAUGCAUGCUAGGCUUUUAAUUAACCAGGUGGAUAGGAAAUUGGUGAAGCAAACAGUAAUGACAUCAGUGUAUGGUGUCACAUACAUCGGUGCCCGUGACCAGAUCAAGAGGAGGUUGAAGGAACGUAAUGCCAUCGCAGAUGAAUCAGAGCUGUUUGGUGCAUCUUGUUAUGCGGCAAAAACUACCAUAACUGCCUUAGGUGAGAUGUUCAAAGCUGCACGCAGUAUCAUGAGCUGGCUUGGUGACUGUGCAAAGAUAAUUGCUUCAGAAAAUCAGCCAGUGCGUUGGACCACCCCUCUUGGGCUGCCUGUUGUGCAACCGUACCGCAAAUUAGGAAGGCAUCUUAUUAAAACCUCCCUUCAGGUUUUGACACUGCAGCGGGAAACUGACAAGGUCAUGGUUAAGCGACAGAGAACAGCCUUCCCACCCAACUUUAUUCACUCUCUUGAUGGUUCUCAUAUGAUGAUGACUGCAGUUGCUUGCAAGAGGGCAGGCUUAAACUUUGCAGGAGUUCACGAUUCAUUUUGGACACACGCAUGUGAUGUUGAUGAAAUGAACAAGAUACUCCGAGAAAAAUUUGUUGAACUCUAUGAAACACCAAUCAUGGAAAAUUUGUUGGAGAGCUUUCAACAGUCCUUCCCAGCAUUAAGUUUUCCUCCUUUGCCAGAGUGUGGAGAUUUUGAUCUACAUGAAGUUCUGGUGUCACCCUACUUCUUCAACUGAUCUGCAGCUUAUGCCUUGCUACAUCAUACUUAGUUGCUGCAUCAUGAUUCUUACCAGUAUUCUCUACCUCUGCUGUUAAGUUACAAGGCAAUGGAGGCUUUGUUUGCAUGCUUUCAUCCAUGGGCUAGCAAAGCAUAUGCUGAGUUUCCUAGAAGUAGGUUGUGUUUUUAAAUAGAGGUUGUGCUCAAACACAAUUAAAGAUACAGUUUGCAGAAGGCAGUUCCCUAGUGAAUCCAGCUUUCGCGGCUGAUAUUUGGAGACAUGACAAGAAAGUGAGAAACUGACCAGCUAACAGGUAAAUGUUACCCAGUACAUGAAGAGGUUGGAGGAAAUACAUAACAUGGGAGUGAUCUAGCAGCGAUGGUAAAAUGACUCAAAUAAACAUCACCUACAGUUGGUAAUUGAAUGAAGCAACUUGUCUUUGACAAGGUUCAGAUUGGCGUAAAGCAAGAAACCAAGGCAUCAGAGAUAUCAGCGGCGAAACGCCAUGUGAAAGUGCAUAAUGGUCUGGUUCAAACUGAUUAAAGACCGCCAAUUUUCAACUUCUAGACUAGUGUACAUCUUCCAGAACUGCAUCGAGUGUAAUUAGUUUAGCACCUUCCAUUUUUCAAAUUUAGUGUUGUUGAAAUACCGCAUCUAGUGUAAAUAGUGGUCCUUUUUUUUUUUCCUUUUUAAAUUUUAAGGGUGUAAAUAGUGGUCAUAAGCUGUGGUUUACAUGUAUACUUAUGUGGUAUUCUGUGCCAAUACGGCAAUACUUGAAGCUAGUAUGGGUGGAUACCUACGUAUCUAUUUAAUAUAAGUUUUCUUUCUAUUUGUUAAUUA